AUGAAUGAAGAUCUCUCAAGCCCACAAAUGUCUCUAAAUAAUUAUUAUAGUCCAGGAGAUUAUCUCAUUACUGGAGUUAUACCAGUGAAGACAGCUAAGUAUCCAGAAUAUGCUUUCUUGUCUGACCCUGCCCAUGACUCCCUCAUGAUAUGGGAGAUGAACUACCAGCAUGUCCUAGCCAUCUUGUUUGCCAUUAAAGAGAUCAGUGAAAAUCCCAAGCUCUUACCCAAUAUCACCCUCGGCUACAGCAUCUAUGAAAACUGUUUCAGUGUCAGGAUAACCUGUGAAGCCACAGCAGAUCUCCUCUCCACUGGACAUUGGAUGGUCCCUAAUUUCAAGUGUGGAAGGCAAGAAAAGCUCCUGGCUGUUAUUCAAGGAGGGGACUUUGAAACCUUUUUUCAGAUGGCAACUAUGUUAGAUGUGUACAAGGUCCCUCAGCUGACUUAUGGUUUUGUCAACCACAUUCUGAGUGACAAAACUCCAUUCCCCUCUUCCUACUGGAUGAGUCCCAAGGCAACUCUGCAGUACAAGGGGAUACUUAAGUUGCUGCAGUAUUUUGGGUGGACGUGGGUCGGUCUCAUUGCUCCAGACAAUGAUGGUGGAGAACUCUUUAGGAAAGCCAAUGUGAUGAUCUGUUAUGGGGACUCUGAUUCAAUGUUACUGUUGCCAUAUGGACUAAAUGAAAUUGAAAGAAUAAAUAAUGCCUCUAUAGGGAAAGUUUGGAUCUCCACAGCUUUGUGGGGCUUCACCUUAAGCACGUUUUUUACAUACUGGAAUAUCAAAUUCUUCCAUGGGUCAUUGGCCUUCAGCAUUCAAACAAAUAAGAGGUCCAAAUCCCAGGACCUUUUCUUGACUCAAGAUGAAUAUUCCCUUGAUUCUGCUCAGUCGGAAACAUUUGACUGCGCUCAUUCAAACCACAGAUGGACAAGGAAAACCUGGAAAAGAUGCAGGGAGAGGGGAAAGCUGGAAGGUCUUCCCCCAGCUUGGCUUGGGAAAGGGAUGUCUGCUGAGAGUGACAAUGUUUAUCGUGCUGUCUAUGUUGUGGCGCAUGCCUUCCAUGCUCUGAUCACAUCCAUAUCUAGCCGCAUGAAGACUGCAGAAGAAGGCAGACUGGACCUUCUGAACAUAGAGCCAUGGCAGCUCCACCCUUUUCUGAGAAGUGUCCGCUUCAACAGUAAUGCCAUGGAUGAGGUGCAUUUUGAUGAAGAUGGGGAAUUGGUGGCUGAUUAUGAUAUUGUGAAUUUGGUCACAUUCCCAAACCAAUCUGCUGUAAGAGUGAAAGUUGGGACGUUGGAGACCCAGGCAUCAUCAGGCCUAGAGCUGACUGUUCACGAAGAGGCCAUUGUGUGGCCCAAUUGGUUUAACCAGACAAAGCCCCAUUCUGCCUGUACAGAAAGCUGCCAACCUGGAUACAGCAAGGUGGUGCCAGAAGGACAGCCAAUCUGCUGCUACCAUUGUACCCCAUGCAUGAAAGGGACCAUUUCUACUCACACAGAUGCAGAUCAUUGUCAUGAGUGUCCACGAGAUCAAUACUCAAACAGUGAGAGAGAUCAAUGUAUCCCCAAGACAAUAGACUUCCUCUCCUAUGAAGAACCUCUGGGGAUUACCUUUAUUGUCUUUGCCCUUUUCUUCUGCCUAAUCACAGGUUCUGUUUUGGGAAUCUUUGUUAAAUACCAAAACACUCCAAUAGUUAAAGCCAAUAACCGAAACCUCUCUUACAUCCUCCUCAUUGCCCUCCUGCUUUCCUUUUUGGCCUCCUUUCUAUUCAUUGGCCAACCUCAAAAUGUCACCUGCCUCCUCCGCCAAACAGCCAUCAGCAUCAUCUUCUCGGUGGCCAUCUCUUCUCUGCUGGCCAAAACAAUUACUGUGGUGUUGUCAUUCAUGGCCACAAAGCCUGGGAACAAGGUCAGCAAAUGGGUAGGAAAGAAUGUGGGAAACGCCAUGGUCUUUUUCUGUUCCAUCAUUCAGUUUGGCAGCAGUGUUGUCUGUAUGGUAAUCUCUCCCCCCUUUCUAGAAGUUGACAUGGAUUCUCAGGUUGGACAGAUAAAGCUGCAAUGCAAUGAACUGUCUGUCACCAUGGUUCCCUAUGUCCUGGGCUACAUGGGCCUUUUGGCUGCCAUUUCAUUUAUUGUGGCUUUUUUGGCCAGGAAGCUACCCAGAGGUUUCAACGAAGCCAAAUUUAUCACCAUCACAGUGCUGGUGUUUUGCAGUUAUGGGGUGUCCUUUGUGCCAACCUACCAGAACAGCAAGGGGAAAUAUAUAGCAGCUGCACAGACUUUCUCCAUCUUGGCUUCUGGUGCUGGGCUCCUAGCUGGCGUGUUCCUUCCCAAAUGCUACAUCAUUGUACUGAGGCCUGAUCUGAAUACAAAGGAGCACCUUAUGAUGAAGAGGAAAGUUAAGAGUGAUUUCAAAUGUAUGCCUCAACCAAAUUUCAGAGAGAAGCCAUUUGUGAAGGAGUGCCCCCCACCCCCAGAUGGACUCCUUCAGCUGCUCCGUCCUCUCCUACAGGCUAAAGACAAUAUUGAUGGAAUUGUGACGAGAGGCGAGAGGCAGUUUGCCUAG